UUGAACACUCGCGCUUCCCCUCGACAGCUUCCGGUGCCACAAAACGCAGACGUAGUAAACAAACAACUUUGGUCGGAGAGAGGUAAAUACAGCACAGUUGUCACUGCCCUGUAUUUGCAUUGAAAUCUUUAGUACGAACGAUUUGGUUGUAACGUUAGGGCUGAGCUGCUUGGUUCCAUUGUCCUGCCAGUGAUGCUUAGCUAAAGUCUCCUGUCUUCAACUGUUGUAGCAACGUGCUUUUUGCUAGGCAGGUUUAGCCACAGCACAUUUACAAUAGAUAAACAGUCUAACACAUUUAAAAUUGUUUUGAUAGACGUAAUUCACGUUCACGUGCAACUGCAUACCGUAAUUAUGAUACAAAAAGAAAACACGCCUGCGAAUGGAUCAUCUUCAAAAGUGCUGCUGCUUCUUUCCAAACUGAUAGAGCCUGUUUUCCUAAUUUCCUGGAUGACGAUCAUACAGCACAUUUGAUUAGAUUGUAAACCUUGAUGACUCUCAAACGAUCUGAAUGUGAAUAUGUGGGUAUCUCCUCACUUCUAUCAUUCGGGCAGUUUCAAGGUUCAACACACCUGAAGCAAGCUUCCUUCCAGAAUGUCCCAUCUGUGCACGUUUGUUAUAAUGAAUAAUGACAUUGAAUGAGAGAUUUUGUGAAACCAGGACACAAAACAGAUUUUCCACUAAUUGGCUGAGGGGAAAGGCAUUCCAAGAUUCAUUCAUUCAUUUCCCAGACCACUUAUCUUCACUAGGGUCGCGGGGGUGCUAUAUUCGGGCGAGAGGCGGGGUACACCCUGAACUGGUCGCCAGCCAAUCGCAGGGCACAUACUGACAAACAACAGUUCGCAUUCACAUUCACUCCGACGGGCAAUUUAGAGUCUUCAAUGAACCUAGCGCGCAUGUUUUGGCCAUGUGGGAGGAAACCGGAAUACCCAGAGAAAACCCACGCAGACACAGGGAGAACAUGGCAAACGCCACACGGGCGAGGCCGGAUUUGAACCCGGGUCCUCAGAACUGUGAGGCAGAUGUGCUAACCAGUCGCCCACCGUGCGGCCAUUCUAAGGCAAAUGAUCAUUUUAUUUUAUUUGAAGACUCUAUUUUUCCUAAAACACUUCAAAGUGAUCAAUAAUGUUGUGUAUCUUUCCCCCCCCCCCACAGAAUAUUAAUACAUUCACUUCUACUGCUUUUCCUGUUCAGAAUCACAGGUGAGCUGGAACUUAUCCCCGGUGACUUUGGCCGAGUGGAGUUGUUGGCAAUUGCAGGGUUGAGCCUAAAACGAUGACAACUGACUCGACACUCCUCAACUCCGAGAUGGAGUUACAGCAGCAAGAAGACCUGUAUCAGCAGCUGCUGUCACAGACAUUAGGAAAUAUGCAGACUGCAAAUCCAGAUUCCAAAGUGAUUCGACCGCAACCCGGAAUAUGUGUGAAGACGACGUCAGAGCGGGGCAAGCAGAAGGUCUUUGUCAACAUCUGUCAGUCAAACAUGCUUCCAUCUCCGCCGGAGAUCUCCAGGGAGAAACUUUUGGACUUGCUGCAAUCGGAAGAUCCCAGUGGCUACAGAGUUCCCAUGAGCCUCGGGGAGCCGCACACUGAAGUGGACAACAAUUCUCAGGGUUGCACAGCGUAUGACGUGGUCAUCAACCAGGAGUUUUUCCAGAAGUGUCAGAAGGAACCCUUGUUCCAGCAGUUUGUGAUCAUGGUGUCUUUGGAAGGUUUAGAGAACAAAUACAACAUGGAGCUUAGUAGAGAAUGGAAGGUGCUGAAGAACAGGAAGUUCUUGGGGUCAGUCAGUGAACAGAACAUUCGCACAAAAAGCAAGCCAGUUAUUCAAGAGCUGCGACCUCGGGACAUCUCCACUUCAGAGGCAAAAAGACCAGAGUUCACCUUGUAUGUGGAGCCCCCUUCUGGUGUCGCCCAGUACCUCAUUGCAGAAAUAAAGUUGCCUGGUGUGGUUUCCUCAUGCUCGCUGGUCCUCGACAUCGGAGACGAGUGUGGCGCAAUACAACAGCAGCACUCAGAUCCUCACAAUCACGAUGCCUGUGGUGUCAUCUUGAAACAACCUCCGAUUAUUGAUCAAGAUGCUGUGAGAAUCGUGGUUACGCUCUACUUCUGGAACGAAGUGACUCUCAAGGCAUUGGUUCUCACCUGUUGUCACUCACCCUGGGACCCACAUUUUCCGAUUAUUGCCAAGUCGCGACCCACUUUGCCCAUGUCUGAUAUAGAAGAGGAAUACGAAGACCAGGCAGAGGAGGAAGUAGAAGAGGAGGAGGAGGAGGAGCUACAGCAGCAAGAGGAGGAAGAGGAGGAGGAGGAAGAGGAGGAGCAGCAUGAAGAAGAGCAGCAGGUGUACGAGGAUGAAGCAGAGGAGGAACGUCCCAAACCGAGACCGACGGUCCCUCAAAUUGCCCCACCAAAGAUUCCUGAAGGAGACAGAGUUGAUUUUGAUGACAUCCACAGGAAGCGAAUGGAGAAAGACAUGCUGGAGCUGCACACACUGAUUGACGUUCACUUUGAACAGAGGACGAAGGAUGAAGAGGAGCUGAUUGGGCUCAAGGACAGAAUUGAACGCCGUCGGUCAGAGCGGGCAGAAAUCCAAAGAGUCCGAGCAGAGAAGGAGAAGGACAGACAAAACAGGAUUGCGGAGGAACGUCAGAGGAAAGAGGAGGAGGAGGCCAAGAAGAAGGCUGAGGAUGAAGCCAAGAAGAAGAAAGUACUAUCUGGCAUGGGGGCCAACUUCGGAGGCUUCCUGGCCAAGGCCGAGUCGAGGAAGGGCAAGCGGAUGACUGGCAGAGAAGUCAAGAAGAAGACUCUGGCCGACAGGCGUCAGCCGCUCGCCAUCGAAAGCAUGAGGGAGGACUCCCUCAGACAACGAGCCCAGGAGUUGUGGAACUGGAUCUACCAGCUGGAGUCGGACAAAUUCGACUACAUGGAGCAUAUGAAGCACCAGAAAUACGAGAUUAUUGUGCUGCUUAACAGAAUUCAACACGCUCAGAAAUUUAAAAAGGGGCCCGGCAAAGGGAAAGUGGGCGGUCGCUGGAAGUAAAAGCGCGAAAGGAAGAAGCAUUCAUCCAAACCAAAGUAUUUACAUUGUGGAGAGGAAAUGAGGAAGGACAGCAUUCUUCAAUCUGUCGUAGCUGUGUGGCUUUUGAUUGUUUAUUGACAACGUAUGAUCAUAAAACGACAUGAUCUCUGCGAGUGGGCAUCUUUUUUCUUUUUCCCUCCACAAAGCAGGUAUUGUUUUGAUUUAUACUAACACUGAGCUUGCGUGCUCCCUCCUGUCACCCCGUUGAAAAUGUAAUCGUAGUGUGACUAU